UCCUCCAUCUCUCCAAAUCCCACAAGAGCAAAGCAAACUUGUCCCCCCAGCUCUUCUCUUGCCUUCUCCGAUCGAUCAACAGCAGCCAAGCACUAGCUAGCCGUGCGCAGGGAUGGCUCGCCAAGGCAUGGUCACGGCGCUGCUGCUGGUGGUCCUCGCCGCCGGCUGCUGCGCGUCGGCGGGCGCCGUGGCGUACCUCUCCAAGCUGCCGGUGACACUUGAAGUCACCGCCUCCCCCAGUCCCGGCCAAGUUCUUCACGCCGGCGAGGACGUGAUCACGGUGACGUGGGCCUUGAACGCGAGCCAGCCGGCCGGCAAGGACGCCGACUACAAGAACGUGAAGGUGAGCCUCUGCUACGCACCGGUGAGCCAGAAGGAGCGUGAGUGGCGCAAGACCCACGACGACCUCAAGAAGGACAAGACCUGCCAGUUCAAGGUCACCCAGCAGGCCUACCCCGGCACCGGCAAGGUCGAGUACCGCGUCGCCCUCGACAUCCCCACCGCCACCUACUACGUGCGCGCCUACGCGCUCGACGCCUCCGGCACGCAGGUCGCCUACGGCCAGACCGCGCCCGCCUCCGCCUUCAACGUCGUCAGCAUCACCGGCGUCACCACCUCCAUCAAGGUCGCCGCCGGCGUCUUCUCCGCCUUCUCCGUCGCCUCCCUCGCCUUCUUCUUCUUCAUUGAGAAACGCAAGAAGAACAACUAGACGUGGAGAUCGCAACCGUGGCAAUGUUUGUUGGCUUUCUCCGGCCGGUCGUUUGUUCUCCAUAUGUAACAAAGUAUCAGUACGGAAUAGCACGUACGUACGGCACAAACUGUACGGACAAAUGUUGGGGUGCAUACCUCCUUUUUGUUGUGAGCGUGUAAUGACUAUGAAUGAAAUAAUUUGAUUUCAGGCAGUA